AUGCAGGCGAGAGUUUUGGACAAAGAAAAAGCGGCAAAGACAUGUUUGGCAAACAAAUGUAAAGACAAAAUAUAUGGGCAAGGCAAAAAAGGCAAGUGUGGAACCGAGAUAUCAAGCAAGGGAUGGAUAAUUACCCCGACUCACGAUGUUGAUCCAGUCGAUGCCUUGGUGUUGUCUGGCUUGCCGCCUCGACCCGGAGCGCCGGGGUAUUCCCAGUCAAUGUCGACGCUAUCCUACAAGGUGUUCAGGAAUUCUAGCACGUCGUUGGCAAAUACGCGCCUCAACUCUGCCGCCAGCGCAGUGAAAGCUGUCGAAGCCACUAAGAGGUCGCGUUCCUGGGCCCGUCAGAAAGCAUACGACGAGGUGUUCCUCAAAGCUCUCGACAAGCUCCCAAUCCGGGACCGCAACCGCGUCCCGAAAGCCUUUGCCGCAGCCCAGGAAGCCCAACCCAUCAACCCAGAGUCUCACAAGUCGAAUUUAGAUCAUGAGAAAAAUUCCGAAGGGUACCCGGGGAUCCAGGGUGCCCUCGGGGACUAUAACUUUAAGGUUGACUCCCCUUGGGGGUUGGCGUUGUACCGCACCGCGUACAACGACGAGGCUGCGUGGCGGCGGAUAGUCACCCAAAUCAAGUGCACUGUGGAGAUACGGGCACAGGGUUGGGUUAACAUGCUUAAGCGGCACCAGCUGGUGAUUAUGGACGACCAAUCACAAUUCGACGGCGCGACUAUCGACGAGGUCCGAGACCAUUUCCGCUGGUGGUCAUUGAAGGAGCUGAAGCGCAAUUGGCGGCACCCACCUGUGCCCGAGGAUGUUCUCGCCAGAUUCGGCUGCGGGUGCGAUGUCGACGAAUGGGACUUUGUGCACGGCGUUGAGCCUGCGCGGUACAACUACUGUUUGGUAGUCGAUGAUAUGUGUCUGGAGUGUGUUGAGUGGAUGAGGGAUAGGGCCGUGGUGAAGUUGGUCGACAGGACCUGGAAAUUUCGCGAGUACGGCCCCGACGACCUGCUGAUACCGGGCAAAAAUGGAGAAAAUUGUUGCUGGGACGGCGGUGUCACAGACUACCCUCAUGAGGAGGUGGGCUGGAUGUACAUGGAAGUGAAUGAUUACAUUACCAUGCAAGAGGAUCUGGAGGACGCCACCUUCGGCUGGGAGCAAAUCUAUUGGCGGCCACCUCUCAUCAGGGGGCAUGGAUAG